AUGAGUACUCCGGCAAGCAAGUCUCGCUCCGAACGAACGAGCUGCGAAAAUACUUCGCCUCAGCUUGUCUUCAUUGUACAGACAGGAAGUAAGAAGAGUAAAGAUGUUCAAACACAAAUUCGGAAGCAUGUCAUGAAAGAUAUUGGGAAGUCGAGGCGUAAAGAGAAGCGUGGGCGCAAAAUAAACUUGGAUAUCCCUUUUGGCGCCCCUUCUUAUCCAAAGAACAAUCCUGCUCCCCCCCGGACGUGGUCUGUAGACCAUCAGAGGAAGGAUGGCAUCGAUUCUCCGAUAAACAUGCCGGACAUUUCAAUAGAUGCCCCGGGCCCUUCAUAUAAAUCAAUACCCGAUGUAGAAAAUACAUCCACCCCACUACCGCACCUGCAGGGUGACCUGCAUGAUAUCUUGUCACCUGCCAUUGGGUGGCACGAAACCAAAGCAUUUACUCCUGGUAUUGAGAGGCUGUGGCAUGGAAGCAUGGACCCGUUUGUUCGAUACCCGGUAGAGCUGAAUGAUAGAACCCGUGAACUUGUGGAUCUUGCAUUUGACGACCGUUAUAUCAGCGUUGGGCCCUUCAGGGACGCAUGUCUUCCUGUCGGCACGAUGGACCCUGCUGCAUUUCGUCAAGUGCUGUCCAAUGCUCUUCUCAAUAUCAGCUGCCGUCGAACGGAUAGCCCCUCCCAAGAGACGAACAAUUUCAUCAGACACCAUGCGCUGGCUGUGAAGUCCGCCAACGAGCGGAUUAGUGAUGACAAUUUUGCCAUUUCGGAUGGAUUUCUUGGAGCUGCCAUCGGUUUUGCCUGCUAUUAUUUUUAUACGGGCAAUCAAGCUGCAUGGCGGAUGCAUCUCCAGGGCGUUGAAGACAUUAUUCGAAUGCGAGGUGGUAUACACACCCUUGACAAAAACAAAGCCGUGAGAACACUUCUGGGAUGGUCCGACAUAGGAGGAUGCUCCAUCGAAGACGCCCUCCCUAUCUUUCCUCUUCCUCUCUCGAUCCUCCCUAACCAAAACAAUCUCCGCCCCUGUCCCCAAAUCUCAUCACAAGCCUUCCACGUCUUCCGCGCAUGGAUAACUCACUUCCCGCGCCACCUCGAGACCCUAGAUCUCCUUCGUUUCGUCUCUCGAUUCUCCUCUCACCUAAAAGUCGAAGUCAUCAACACGAACAGAAAGAUCUUCAGCGAUGGGGAUUUUGGCACCGGCUACUUAUUCCCUUUGCUACAUAGAUGUCUCAGUCUGCCUCGGUACAACGCAGACGUUGACGAAACCGACGGAGCGAUAUUACAAGCUUGCAGACUUGCCUGUACCUUGUUCCUAGCGGAUAUCAAACGGAUUUUUGGUGUCAACGCCGUUAGCUGUAGUCUACAAACUCAGAAAUUGCGGGGGUAUCUUGAGAGUAGUAAGGGGCAUUGGGGAGAACUUCAGUUGCUGAGGUUGUGGUGUUUGGCGAUGGGUGGGAUUGAGAGUAUUGGGCCCCUACGGGAUUGGUAUGCGAAUGAAUUGCGGGAUGAAGGGGUGACUAUGGGGCUGUAUUCUUGGAAGCAGGUGGAGGGUGAGGUGAAAUCGCUGCUGUGGUUUGAUGAAUGUCAUACGCCUCUGUUUGUAGAGUUGGGGUUGGGUGUCAAAUGAACGUCUGGGCUGAAUGCGCUAGGAGGGAGGUCAUAUACCUCAUUUCAUAGCCCGCUUCGCUGCUGAUGGGAUGGACAUCCAAAUUUUUGCAGGUUAAAGUUCAGGGGGCCUAAGGGGCUUGGGGAACAAUUUGUGCUCACUACAAAACUAUGUAUAUUCUAUCAGGACAAAAAUCUUGAUUGCGACGGUCCCCA